AUGCACAGCUCCGUUGAUACGACACAAAUCCGAUGGGAAAGUGCACUACUUUACGACAUUCCUAGUCUAAGUUCGAAGACUUCGGAUGAACAAGUGAACUUCCUGAUACUUGCAUUCGCCUUGCUGAUCUCAAGAGGUAAUUUCAGCGACGAAGGGAGUUCAUUCUCAUGGGGAUUUUACGAGCCGCCGUACAACGAAACCUCACCUCAGGUGUUCCCCAAGGAAAUAUACAUGAAAGAUCUUUCUGAUCGGAACACGAACAUACGUAUGGCGUUGAAAACUCUCGAGGCUUUGCGGCGAGAUCACGACAAUGCGUGUAAUCCUGGCUCGCUUAUAUGCAUGACAGUGCAAGAAAGACAAGUUCAGAAAGAAGCCAGCUCAACAACAACCCUCUUUCUCGCUGCUAAGAUUGAAGGGCAACGUCUCCUCCUAUCAACCACAGAUCAAAUCAUUAAAUCUAUACAACAUAUGGUGAAAUUCCAAAUCCCCGCUUUCAUCGAUAUACUGCAGUCGAUAUUGUCCAAUAAUGAGCAGACUCUCACAAGUGCAGUGCAGAUCGUUGAGAGUGAGUUGAAAGAGAUAUGGACUUGGAAUGAAGUCGUACCACCGACCAUAGAGUGCUGCAUGCAUGAAAUUAUUGUGGCAAAAGCGAUUGAGCAUCCAGAGAAGCCCGCUGUGAUGUCAUGGGAUGGCGAACUCACAUAUGGACAACUCGACCAUCUUUCGUGCCGACUUUCCGAACAACUGUGCCGCUUAGGUGUUGAAAUUGGUUCAUUCGUGGUCCUUUGCUUCGAAAAGUCGAUGUGGACUAGUGUGGGCUUACUUUCCGUGAUGAGAGCUGGGGGUACUGUCGUACUGAUAGAUCCAUCACAACCAGAAGCACGGCUAUCAACAAUAGUCCAAGAAGUCCAAGCCAAAUUUGUCUUGACUUCUCAAAGGCAUGCUAAAUUGGGUUCUCGUAUUGGACCAGCCGCCCAAAUAGCUGUCGUGGAUUCAGGACUUUGGCAAAACAGUAAAGAAACUGGACCUCUCUCUUUACCAUCUGUGCCACCAUCGUCCCUGCUAUACAUUAUCUUCACGUCGGGUAGCACAGGCAAACCAAAAGGGAUUGCUAUCUCACAUGCUAACUUUACUACCGGCGCAAUUCCUAGAGCCGAGGCAGUUGGAUACAAACCGCAUUCGAGAGUACUGGAUUUCCCUUCAUACGCAUUUGACGUGAGUCUGGAUUGCAUGCUUUGUACGCUUUCAGUGGGCGGGUGCAUAUGUGUUCCUUCAGAAGAACAACGGCUUAAUGACCUCAACGGCGCCAUCAAAUUGAUGAAUGUGAACAUGGCGCACUUAACGCCUUCUGUGGCAAGACUUCUAUCACUCGAUGCUCUGACAUCACUAGAAGUACUCGGAUUAGGAGGUGAAUCACUCUCCACCUCCGAUGCUUUGAGCUGGAGCAAGACAACCAAGCUCAUCAUCGCAUAUGGUCCUUCUGAAUGCACAGUAGGUUGCACCAUUAACAAUAACGUGCAUGUUGAUAGAUCUUACACCAGCAUUGGAAAAGCUGUUGGUGGAGUUACAUGGAUUGUUGACCCUGAUGAUCACAAUCUAUUAACACCUAUUGGAGGAGUCGGUGAACUACUAGUUGAAGGCGGGAUAGUAGGUGUCGGCUAUCUCAAUGAUCCACAAAAAACCACCGAGGUCUUCAUCGAAAAUCCGGAGUGGCUGUUAUCUGGAUCCAAGAUCACGCCGGGCAGGCGCGGUCGCCUCUACAAAACAGGAGACCUCGUGAAAUAUGACCCAGAUGGAUCAGGAGAUAUUUGUUUUGUUGGAAGAAAGGAUAGGCAAGUCAAGCUCAGAGGACAGCGAGUGGAGCUGGCGGAAAUUGAGCAUCAUCUGUUGACUAAGUUGCCGGAAGGCAGUCAAGUUGCUGCAGAUGUUAUCACCCCUGGGAGCAAAGACCGUGAGCCAGUGCUCGUCGCUUUUGUAUCCGAGGAUAAAAGAAAACAACCACCACUCAACUUUGAAGGUUUACCUUUCUCAAGCGAGCUUUGCCGCUGUCUUGAACACAUCAAUCCCUAUUUAGCAGAGGUCCUUCCCCGCUACAUGAUACCCAUAGCCUAUAUUCCGCUGCCCACCAUGCCGCUACUUGUUUCUUGCAAGAUCGACAGGAAACGGAUCCAGGAUAUCGGACGCUCUAUGACGUUGCAUCAACUAGCAAAAUACGCGGUAGGGGUUGUGGACAACCAGAAGCCUCAGACGGAAACGGAGAUACUUUUACAGAAGAUCUGGAAGAGCCUGCUUGGGGAAAGUCUCCAAAUAGGAACAAGUGACAGUUUCUUUGCCCUGGGCGGAGAUUCGCUGAAGGCAAUGAAGCUUGUCGGCGUUGCUCGAAAAGCAGGCCUGUCCUUGACAGUUGCGCAGAUAUUUUCGACUCCAACACUCUCACAGAUGGCGUCAAGCAUUUCUCGUAUCAACUACGAAGCAGUUGAGGAGAUCGGUCCCUUUUCACUACUUGAUGUAGAUUGGAAGGAAGAUAAUGCCAAAGUCCAAGUAGCGAGGCUCUGCAGCAUUGCUUCUCAAGAUGUUGAAGAUGUCUAUCCAUGCACCCCAUUGCAGGAGGGAUUCAUGGCAUUGUCUGCCAAAGUCGAAGAUGCCUACAUUGCACGAAGAGUGCUCGAAGUUCCCAGUCUUUCAGUCGCCCAUCAACUCAGAGCUGCCUUUGCAAAUAUAUCUCCAACUAGUCCAAUUCUACGUACUCGCAUUGUGCAAGUACCUUCGCGCGGCCUGAUGCAGGUUAUCGUACGGGGUGAUUUGUCAUGGACUCUGAGCGAUAGCCUUGACGAGUAUUUGUCAGAGGAUAGCAAAAAGCAGAUGGCGCUUGGUGAUGCCCUUGCAAGGUUCGCCAUUAUCAAAGAUGAUACAAAGCAGAAGAUUCAUCUCGUCUUGACGAUGCAUCACGCUCUGUAUGAUGGAUGGUCGAUGCCCCUCAUCGUUCACCGGAUUAAUGAAGCAUAUAACGGGGUGAGGACCGAGGAGCCUAUGCCUUUCAAAGCUUUCAUUAAAUACCUCCAAAAUAAUGAUCACGCGACCUCGGCUAAAUAUUGGAAAGACCAGUUGCAAGGAGCUACAAGUCAGCACUUUCCCCCAUUGCCAUUCCCAGGUUACCGACCUCAGGCGGAUUCUCUCCUCGAGCACUACACCCAACUCCCUUGCACUAGCAGUUCGUAUACCACACUAGCAGUCGCAAUUAGAGCAGCUUGGGCAUUAGUUGCAGCUCAAUACACAUCGUGUAAUGAUCCGAUCUUUGGAGAAACGCUCUCUGGCCGAGAUUCUGCUGUCCAAGGAGUGGAAGAGAUCGAGGGGCCUCUCAUUACUACAAUCCCAACGCGAAUUCAUGUGAACUGGAGCUCUAAGAUCACAGAGUAUCUACAAACCGUGCACGAGCAAGCUAUCCUUCGUAUCCCUUACCAACAUAUGGGCCUUCAGCACAUUAGGCGGCUCAGCCCUGAUGCCCUUCACGCUUGCGAGCUUCGAACAGGCAUGGUAUUACAUCCAAACGCAGAACAAGCUCAGACGAAAGAAAUGGACUUGGAGCGAAAUCCGGCUCUCGGCUUUGUUCCAGCUAACGAUAUUGAGGCUGCAAGGGAAGCGCUGAAGUUCAAUUCUUACGCGUUAAUGCUGGUUUGUUCUCUUGAUAGCCGAGGAUUCUUAACAAUGGCAAGCUUUGACUCCAAGACUGUCGAUAUACCCCACAUGGAAAACAUCCUCAAUGAGUUUGGCCUAACAGUACAGGGAUUGUGCAACGGAGCAGACAGGGAACUUUCAAGCCUUCAGCUUUCAAAAUCUCUGGACCGUCAAUGGAUUAGCGAUAUUGGUCCGUACAGCAUAGACAACAAGGAACUGAGUUUAUCUGAGAAACAUCUGACUCCAGCAUGGGAUCGGGACCCACAAAACCCUGGAACACUUUUGCCUCAAUGCAUCAUUGACAAACCCUUCACUGAUGUUGUUGUUGUUGCAAGGCCGUCGACACUAUCAGUCAGCGCACCAGAUGGGACCUUGGAAAGACUUCAUGACAACUCCUAUGAAAAAGGCUGUCUUUGUGCUCCUGAACGAUUCGACAACUAUAGUAGUAACGGAGCGGUGGUAAUACCUCCUAACAAAUAUGAGGGCACAGUUGUAAAUGGUCUCGAUCGACAAGAUAGCUCUGUUACCGCUAGCAAUGCACCACAGCCGGCACCCAAGCUUGACCACCUGCGUCGAUUAUGGAGUCGAAUUCUUAAAGUGCCUGAACAAGAGAUAGGUCUGAGAAGUGAUUUCUUUGCUCUGGGCGGCGACUCAAUCGCCGUCAUGAAAUUAGUCUCUGAGAUCCGGAUGCAAGGAUUCAGGCUGACAGUGGCUGACGCAUUCGCACAUAAGCAGUUAGAUAAAAUGAUGGACAACCUAACUGCUGCUACUCAUCCUCAAGAAAAGUCCAGCAAAAUUACACCAUUCUCAGCUAUCCACGCCGCAGAUACGAACACUUUCGUGUCCCAGGUAAUUCGACCUCUCCUUGUUCGACCAAACUGGAAGAUUGUGGAUGUUCUACCGGCGCGACCGCUACAGAGCAUUGCAGUGAAGGGAACUACUCAGCUUCCACGUUACUCAGUGAGAUAUGAGUUGGUCCACUUCGCCAGCCCUGUGGAUCGAGUUCGGCUGUUUGAGAGCAUUCAGAAACUGGUUUUAUACAAUGAAAUCCUGCGAACCGUCUUCGUCAGGCAUGAUGGGAACUAUUACGCUGUCGUACUCGAAGAAUUACGAGCGCCAGUCGAGGAGUUCCAUAUCGACGGUGAUGUCGUGAAGUUCUCGAGAGCAUUAUGCAACCUUGAUAUCCAAACAAGGAUGCCACUGGGUUCGGAAUUCAUCAAGUUCUUUUUCGUGGAAGGUGGCCUUGGAAAGAGCUCCUUGAUAAUGAAAAUUUCUCAUGCUCAAUACGAUGAGAUAUGUUUAUCGACACUCUUACAUCAACUAUCCGCGCUCUACGAGGGGAGACCUAUAAAGGCCGCGGUGCCAUUCUCGGCAUAUAUGUACCACAUUCAAGGCGAGAACAUUCCUCAGAGCAUCCCCUACUGGAGGGACUUGCUGAAAGGUUCGUCGCUGACUAUUCUGCGGCCCGACAUAGUUCUCAAGUCAAACCGCAUUGGUUCCCUCAGCAAAAGCUUCGAUAUCACUGGCCGCAACAAAGAGAUCACUAUUGCCACUCUUCCUACUGCAGCCUGGGCGCUUACUCUCGCUCGUCGAUUAUUUAUCCGUGAUGUCACAUUCGGUGAGGUCGUUAGUGGCCGAAAUCUAAACUUUCCGAGUUGCGAUAUGGUCAUGGGACCGACCUGGCAGUAUAUCCCAAUUCGCGUCAAGUUUGAGGAGAACUGGACGGCGCUCGAACUUUUAUGCUUCGUCCAGCAGCAGCAUAUUGCAAGCAGCCGUUUCGAAGGCAUAGGAAUGAACGAAGUGGUCCCAAAUUGUACCGAUUGGCCUGCCACAGUAGACUGGUUCGACUCGGUUGUCCAUCAGGCUGUUGACCAGGUAACAGACCUAUCCUUCCUAUCCGCGUCCAGUCAGUUAGAAACGGUUUAUCCCCACUCAGAACCCCUACGGGAAUGGAAGAUCCAAGCAUUUGUGAAAGACAACACAAUGACAUUAGAGAUUGUCACAUUCGAGGACUGGCUGGGCUUUGCGACCUCGCUUUUGGAAGACAUUGGUGCCAGUAUGGAUCAAUUGGUCAACAAACCCUGCAGCUCUUUAUUUAAGGACAUCCUGGAAGAUCAGAUUCACAGUCCUCCAGGGACAAACUUGACACUAAAUGGAGGAAACAGUAACAUUGCCGCGAAUACGAACUACGAUGCUUCUGCUGACUUGAGCGAGACAUUCUACUGA